AGAAGAUUUCGUAAGGAAAGGGAAAGACUCUUCGUUUUAGUUUUUAUCGUUUUGUUUAAGAAAAUUUCUUUUUUAUAUUUCUUUUUAUAGACAAUGCAUAUGCAAGAUGAUGUCUGAUCAGUUUAGAAAGGUAGAGCCUUAUUCACCGAAAUCCUCGCCUAGAGGAGCGAGGUCACCAGUAGUUUCUCGUCAGGAUUCUUCUGGGACCCUCAAAACCACUAUUUCACUGGGCAAGAACCCGUCUAUAGUGCAUAGUGGGCCUUUCUAUUUGAUGAAAGAACCUCCAGGAGAAUGUGAACUCACAGGAGCCACGAAUUUAAUGGCGUAUUAUGGAUUAGAGCACUCUUACAGUAAAUUUAACGGGAAAAAGCUCAAGGAAUCUUUAUCAUCAUUUCUUCCAAACCUACCAGGUAUUCUUGAUGGCCCAGGACAGGAAGACAAUAGUACAUUGGGUUCUGUAAUAGCUAAAAGACCUAUCGGUGGCAAAGAAUUGUUGCCCUUAUCAAGUGCACAGUUAGCAGGCUUUAGAUUGCAUCCAGGUCCUUUGCCGGAACAAUACCGCUAUGUUAGUGCAACUCCACCAAAGCGGCAUAAAAGCAAACAUAAGAAACACAAGCAUAAAGACGGAGCACCACCUGGACAGGACACACCAUUACAAGAUUCAUCUAACCCAGACACAUAUGAAAAGAAGCACAAAAAGCAAAAACGACAUGACGAUGACAAGGAACGUAAGAAAAGGAAAAAGGAGAAGAAAAGAAAAAAACAGAAGCACAGUCCUGAACAUGGUGGUCUCACACCCAACCAGCACCCGGUCCCCUAGGGCAGAUUAUUUAUAAUUUAAAAAUUAUCUAAUUACACUGUUUGGUCAUUGGCAUUAAUUUAAACCCAAGGAAUGGCUUCAAUGAUGAAAUUAUAUUUAGACUGAAAUUUGUUGUUCUCCAUUUAAAUUAUCUAUGAUUAUAUAAAUAAUACACAGAUUCACUCAUUUUAACUGGCUUAGUUUCUAUCAUGUUUGUGUAAAAUUAUUGAGUGACAUGUGUUUAAGUGUAAAAAAUUAAGUUUUAUCUAAAUUAUUUCAGCUUUUUAAGAAAUACCAAACGUGAGCAUUGAUUUUGAUAUUAAAUUGUUUCUAUUGUUAAUUACUUAUAUUAAAAAAAACUGUUAUAGUUAAUUUAUUUGUAUAUCAAGGGAAAGGAAAUUUGUGAUCACAAAAUAAAAUUAACAAUAUUAAGAAAUAUGUACAAAAUUGUGAAAAUUAAAAAACUAAAAUAUAAUGUUUUACUUGUAAGUGUAUCUUACUCUAAUUUAGUUAAUUUAGCAAAUUGAAUGCAUUUGAAUUUAAUAUUUAUAUGAUCUUCUUACCAAAUAGAAUAUUGUUUCACCUUCAGUCUAUUGCAAUCUACAUUUUGUUAUUUUUUAUAUUAUAAACUUGCUCAUACCAAACUAUAAUUCAGCCAAAUACUGGGCCCAAAGAAACUUUUAAUUGAUUUCACUCAUCCUUCUAAAUAAUUUCUUAAUGUAUUUAUUCAAUAUCUUGAAUUACUUGAAGUCUUACAACUGCUUAUCCUAUCUAAAUAUUUUGAAACUCGAAUUAUACAAAGUUUGUAGUUUUAUGCGAUUUUAUAAUGAAAUUGUUUCAUUAAAUUUUUUUUUAAUAUUACCUAAGAAAUUUUUUGAUAAUUAUUAAAAAAGUUCUCUGGUGUUUCAACUUGUAUAAAGUUAAAAGUUAGUUAAUCAAAACAUAAAGUUUUUUAUACUCUUAGGAGACCUAGAUCUACUUUUAUUGUUUAGAAUAAUCAAAAAAAUUAAUGUGUACAUAGUUAAUUCUUUCAUUUAGUUUCAUUCAUUUUUAAUAAUGAUGUGGUCGUUUUAAAUUUAUCUCUAAAUCCAUGGAAUAUUUGUACCAUAUGAAAUACAACAAAACAAUUGAAUGUGAAUAUGUCUUUAGCUGGAUUUCUGACAUUACCAUCAGCAACUAAACUAAUUUUAUGUAUUAACUAUUAUUCUAUAGGUAUAUUAGAUAAGAAGAAAAGUACCUUGUGAAGUUAGAUUUAUCUGCAUAUUUAAUUUGUAUAAAAUAUAGUUUGUGCUAUUUAUC